AUGGUGCCUGGACCAAUUGAAGAUGGGGUGGAGAUUCACCCAGAGGGAUUGCCACAGGCAUACACUAUCAUUCUGUUAUUCCGUCUUCUGCCCGAAUCCCCCAACGAGCCUUUUGCAAUUUGGCAGAUUACAGACAGAGAUUACAAACCACAAGUUGGAGUUGUGCUUGAUCCUGCAAGCAAAGUGCUGUCAUUCUUUAACAAGGAUACAAGGGGAGAGGUUCAAACUGUAACUUUUGAUAAUGAUGAAGUAAAGAAAAUCUUUUAUGGAAGCUUCCACAAGGUCCAUAUUGUUGUAACUUCAUCAAAUGUUAAGAUUUACAUUGACUGCAAUGAAAUACUGGAAAAACCAAUUAAAGAGGCUGGGAACAUCACAACCGAUGGUUAUGAAAUUCUUGGAAAACUUCUGAAAGGUGACCGGAGAUCAGCAACACUAGAAAUCCAGAAUUUUGACAUUGUAUGCAGUCCAGUUUGGACUAGCAGAGACAGAUGCUGUGAUCUUCCAUCUAUGAGAGAUGAAGCAAAAUGCCCAGCUCUUCCAAAUGCGUGUACCUGUACUCAAGACAGCGUGGGACCUCCAGGACCCCCUGGACCAGCUGGUGGCCCAGGCGCUAAAGGUCCCAGAGGUGAAAGGGGUUUGACUGGAUCAUCUGGGCCACCUGGUCCUCGUGGUGAGACAGGUCCUGCUGGCCCUCAAGGUCCCCCUGGUCCACAGGGCCCCAACGGGCUGUCAAUCCCAGGUGAACCGGGUCGUCAAGGAAUGAAAGGUGAUGCUGGCCAGCCUGGAUUACCAGGGCGAUCGGGAACCCCAGGCUUACCUGGUCCACCUGGCCCAAUGGGGCCUCCAGGAGAAAGGGGUUUCACAGGAAAAGAUGGUCCCACAGGUCCCAGAGGCCCACCAGGACCAGCGGGUGCUCCAGGAGUUCCAGGAGUUGCUGGCCCAAGUGGAAAACCAGGGAAGCCAGGAGAUCGUGGGACACCAGGUACACCUGGAAUGAAGGGAGAAAAAGGUGACAGGGGUGACAUUGCUUCUCAGAACAUGAUGCGAGCAGUUGCAAGACAAGUUUGUGAACAACUGAUAAAUGGUCAAAUGAGCAGAUUCAAUCAAAUGCUGAAUCAAAUCCCGAAUGAUUAUUAUUCAAACCGUAACCAGCCAGGGCCACCGGGACCACCUGGUCCCCCAGGAGCUGCUGGGACAAGAGGAGAGCCUGGACCUGGAGGAAGACCAGGAUUCCCAGGACCUCCUGGGGUCCAAGGACCACCUGGUGAAAGAGGAAUGCCUGGAGAGAAAGGUGAAAGAGGGACUGGAUCUCAAGGACCACGAGGUUUGCCGGGACCGCCUGGUCCACAAGGAGAAUCUAGAACUGGUCCACCAGGCUCCACAGGAUCACGGGGACCACCAGGGCCACCAGGUCGUCCUGGAAACGUGGGUAUUCGAGGUCCGCCAGGGCCACCAGGAUACUGUGAUUCCUCCCAGUGUGCUAGCAUCCCUUACAACGGCCAAGGAUUCCCAGAACCAUACGUGCCUGAAAGUGGACCCUAUCAGCCUGAAGGUGAACCCUUUAUAGUACCUAUGGAGUCAGAAAGGAGAGAGGACGAGUAUGAGGACUAUGGCGUUGAAAUGCAUUCGCCCGAGUACCCUGAGCACAUGCGCUGGAAAAGAUCCCUGUCAAGAAAAGCAAAAACAAACCCGUAAAAGAUCUGCGCCUUGUUUUGGUUUCUUUGGUCGGUGGGUUUUGGUUUUGCUAUGCUUGCAUUUGCAGAUACACGCAGGGAGGGGACAUAAUUUCUUUUGCAAUAGAGCUUUCUGGUCUUUUCAUAACAGACACACCCCUGUUUUGUAUCUUGCUCAUGCGGGGAUAGCAGUGUGUGUACCUAGAGACUUCAUAUUGCCCUGGAAAUGCUUGUAAAAUAUUUUUGCUUAUAGUGGCUGCAUACAGGUUAAUAUGUCCAUUCAGUUAUCCCAGUACUGCCUUUUCAUUACAAUAAUGUAAAAACAAAGAAAUAA